UGAUAAAAUGCAGCAAGAAUUCUGAAGGCACUGCUGAACUUGAAGAAGCUUUAGCAACAGUCCUUGAUAUCAUCAAGUCGGCAAAUGAUUCCAUGCACCAGAUAGCAAUUACAGGCUAUGAGGGAGAUGUGCACGAACUUGGUAAAUUGCUCCUUCAGGGCUCUUUCAACAUCUGGACAGAUCACAAGAAGGGACACAACAAAGUAAAAGAUUUGGCCAGGUUCAAACCAAUGCAGAGGCAUCUCUUCUUAUAUGCAAAAAUCCUACUUUUUUGCAAGAAACGGGAAGAAAACACAGAUGGUCAUGAGAAGUCUCCUUCAUACAGCUUUAAAAAUUCUUUGAAGAUGAGCACUGUUGGCAUUACUGAAAACGUCAAAGGUGACAAUAAGAAAUUUGAGAUCUGGUACAAUGGCAGAGAAGAAGUUUAUAUUAUUCAGGCAGCAUCUAUGGAAUUGAAGAAUACUUGGGUGUCAGAGAUUAGGAAAGUCCUAACAGGACAACUGGAAGCUUGCAGAGAAGCAAGCCAGCUUCACCAAAGAAUCACAGAGAGCGUGUAUCAUGCACCAAUGAAUUCAUCCAACUCCUCCAGGUAUGGCAGAAAAUCGAUGAGUUUGUGCGAAAAUAAAUCUGAACUCUCAAGCUUGGAGACGGCAAACAACCGGGACCGGAACGUGAGCCCCAGCACCAGGCAAAAAAGAGAUCCAGUGUCUAAAGAGAGAGAUGUUCCCCGUCGCUUUUCCUUAGCUUCCUCCAUCAACACCACAACUAACACAUCUGCUCUAACCAAAGGUCCCCUUGUUCCUGCAGUUAAAGUCAAGAGGCAUGAAAUCAAAAGUGAUCCAACUCCUCUGGGUUUCGAAGAUGCCUUUGAAAGUACCCUCUUGGCUCAAGCUAAAUCCAAUGCUGUUUCCUCUACGAGAUCGGUACCCAGAUCAGCUUCACAGACAGGAUGGCCUAGCAGACAGAUGCCAUCGCUAGAUACCUUUGAGGAUUUCGAAGCCAUUCCAUCCAGUGCUGAGGACCUUUCAAACUCUUCAGAUCUGGAGGAAGACAGCCACCCUUCUACUGGAUCCAAUCUAUACCGGGUAGAAGGAAGUUUUGACACUUGUUUCCCAGAUUCUCUCACCCUAGAGGAUGGAGAUCUAGUGCAGUUUAUUCAGGAAGGCGAAAAUGGACAAUGGUUAGUGAAGAAGCUGGUUUCGGAGAAAACGGACUGGAUACCUUCCAGUCUAUUACAGCCAGCAGAAGGGGAAGCCCUCAGCAUCUGUAGAAUCAGCAGUUCAGAUGUCUACAGCGAUACGCACAGCACUGCAUCCACAAACUCAGAUAUGAAGGUGGGGGAGCUGAACAGAAGCUUAACAGCUGGACAGAAAGCUGGAAGCUGAGCACACCGGGAAGCAUUUCCUCAGGGCUCAAUCUUCUCUGUUUACCUGGAGAUGCUGGACCAAAUUGCCUUUUCCCCAAGCUCUGGAUUUCAGAAUUCAAUAUUUUGUCAACAUGAAAUACAUAAAAAAGAAGAAGAAGAAGAAGAAGCCUUGCCGAGCUAGUAAAUUUGAAAAUAAGUUAAAUUUUAAAGGUGUCAAAGUUAUCUUAGUAUUCGACAAAACACACCCACUGUAUGCUUUUUUGCCCUGCAUUUUUGAACGUCAAAAAAAGGCAUCAUCUAAAUUAGACUGACAACAACAGAGAGUUAUACACCCUCAGCUUCCAGGGCUGAAUGCUGGAUUCGUGAAACUCAGAUCUCCAGAUUCUCAAGGUGAUGUUCUGCUGGACAAAUUCCUUGUGUUCCUUUGCUGGUUUGGAUGGGCUGCCCAGCCUCUUGUUUUCUGUGGCUCGAUCCACUUCCGUGCUGUAUCUCAAGACAAUCAGAAACAGGGAGCACCAAAAAAGGAAGCUGAGUGAAGAAAGUGCAAUUCCAGAACCUGAGCCAAUGGUUGCACCUUUGCACAACAGCGAAAGGUGUAACCUGUGUUGGGUUAUAAUCUUUUGUCUACAGGGUGUUUUGGAUGCUAACUGGAAGCAAAUAGGCAGUUUGUAACUCAAAAAGGGGAUGAGGAGAGGGCUUUCAUGAAGGCAAUUCUGGGGUGUGUUCGUGGCAUCAACAAGGCAGCUUUGUCCCCCCCCAGAAGUUUUGCAUCCAAUGCUGACAGUUCUGUCUAAUGCUGCAAUUCAGUGUUUUACACUUGUGUAGAAUGCAUUUGGGCAUUGUCUUAUGCUGGGCUCUGGAUUAAAAUGCAGAGUUCCUUCCCCCACCCCAAUAUUUAAUGCAUCCCUAUAUAAUGUCCCCCUAACAUUGAGGCACUGGCGAAAAGAAUGACUGUCAAGGAGAACAUGUUGUCUCUUGAAGGUUUCUUGCCAUGUCAUCAUAUUUCAGGAAAAAGCAUUGCAGCCCUCUGAACAAUGUCACGAUUUGCCAUAGGCCUUUCAAUUUGCAGGAUUCAAGGCGCAUGUGAGCACCAGAGGGAGGAAAUUAGAUGUAAAAGUGUUUUGCAUGAAGACAUUUUCAUGGUGAAUGGGAAAGUUAGGUUCCGCAAAUCUGCUGGUAGUGUCAUGUUCAAAACUGUUUUUUUAAAAGUAGGAGUAGGAUGACUCAAUGGGUACUAUAUAGAAGCCUGGUCAAUCAAGAGAAAUCCAAAGAAUCUUCUCUGACCCCUGGCAUGUCACAACUCAACAUAAUCUGAAAGUUGUGCUCCUGGAGCCUUAGCAAUGGCCCAAGUGAUGCACCUCUCAGAUUGCAUGCCUCUUGAUUGGAACAUCAGUAAUUGGCCGUGGCUGCUUGAACAGUUUGGCUGAUCCUGGAAUCCCACAUAAAAGCAAAGAAUUUUCCUGGAAUAACGCUUUGUCCUGCAAGGCUACGGCUGAAACGUUAGGCAUUUUCUUGCUAAAUGUGCCACAUUACAAUUCAGUUUAGGGCAGUGGUCCCCAAACUCUUCAGCUCAUCAACCCCUUCAUGAAGUUUCAGAUU